UGUUUGCAUUCUAGUGUUUUUCAUUCAGUCAGAGUAGACUAAAACAGCAGGCACGUGGGAUAAGAUUCAGGUACAGUGAACAAAGGGGGUCUUUAUUAAAGGCACAGGAAAGCGAAGGAUGAAGUGUUUGAGAUGUUUACUGCCAGCAGUAGCUCUGCUGCUGCUAAGUAUGGUUGGAGUUAACAUGGAGCAUCUUAAAGCUGAGAACCUGAAUAUGCUUCGUCCCGAUGAGCAUAACUUGGUCCUGAACCGUGGAAUGAGAGUGCUGCCCAGAGACUGUUAUGAAAUGCUGAUGACCUCUUCAGGCCAGGCCAGAGACGGGGUGUACCUGAUCCAGCCAGGUGACUCCCCCAUUGUGGCCUACUGUGCCAUGCGGGAGGGAGGAUGGACUGUUGUGCAGCACAUCACUGUAAACAGCAGCGUGAAUUUUGAUUGUACCUGGGCUGAGUACAAGCAUGGCUUUGGGGAUGUCACUGGGGAUCACUGGCUUGGGAAUGAAUACCUUCAUCAGCUCACCCGUGGCCCUGGGCACUAUAAACUAGGAGUAAAACUAGUGGACCCAGACGCCGUCACCAAGAUGGGAGAGUAUGACCCCUUUCUAGUGGAGGAUGAGGCAUCAGCAUACAGACUAAGGCUUGGGUUGUUCCAAGGCACAACCGUAGACGCUCUUACCCUGGACACAGAGAACUACCUGCAUGACAACCAGAAAUUCACCACGAAAGACAGAGACAAUGACAACUACUUCCAAAACUGUGCCAAGCUGGAGUUUCAGGGGGUGCCUGGAGGAGGUUGGUGGUACGAUGCAUGUGCUGGUGCCAAUCUAAAUCGCAGGAAUGUCAUCUACUGGCAAAAGGACUGCAACAAGGAGCGACUGUGCAAGUAUGCAUGGAUGAUGGUGAGACCUUCAGAUACAGUUAAAGUGAUUUACAGCGGAGACUGCAAGAGGGAUGAGCUAUAAGGACACUAUUUUUUAAUAUUUGUGAUACUAGGUUUGUUAAAGGCUAAGUGAUAAACAUUAAAGUGUUCAACUUUCUUUUUUGUUUUGUUAUGCUUUUUAAUUUAUUUUUUUUAACAAACACUACGAUGGUUGACAUAAGGAAUUUUCUCUUAAUAGCUGUCGUGCUGGACAUUAAAUUCACCACAUUUUAUUCAGAAAUGCAUGGACAUCACAAAAUACUGAAAAGGACAAAAAGAAAAUAACAAACUUGAAACACAGUAUAAAAAUGCAUUACGGUUUUAGCUCUAGCGUUGUUUCCAACAUACACCAUUUCAAUAUAUGAAGCAAAGCAUCUCUUUCACUCCUCAAAUUGCAAGUGCAGAUUUCUGGUUUAUCACAGUUACAAAAAAGUGUGUCAUGACACGUAGUAAUGACACAUGUAAAAUAUCUUUUGUGUGUCCAUCCAAUGCUUACAUCCAAAGCUUGCAGAAAAGAACAUUUCACUAACUUUUUUUUUUUUUUUUUGGCCACUACAUUACAAGUUUGCCAGAAAUACAAUGAAGGUAUGAUGAUAUAUUGAUUUAGCCACAGUAAUUCAGAGAAAACUAAUUCUGUAUUUCAAGAUCCUGAG